GAGAAUUUCAAGUAAAACGACGACGUCGUCAGUGUUUAUAUUUUCGUUCACAAAAUUAUUUAGAUAUUUCAUCAAAUAGAGAGAGAAGGGAGUAAGACGGUGAGAACAACAGGAUGGCGAAUUUGAUGAUGAUGAUGAGGUUACCAAGCAGCUUGAGAAGCUUCUCUGUUUCGGCUUCUUCUUCUUCAAACGGUUCACCGCCGGUGAUCGGAGGAUCUAGCGGCGGUGUAGGGCCGAUGAUCGUGGAAUUGCCGCUGGAGAAGAUACGGAGACCGUUGAUGAGAACAAGAUCCAACGAUCAGAACAAAGUGAAGGAACUCAUGGAUAGCAUCCGCCAAAUCGGUCUUCAAGUCCCGAUCGAUGUGAUUGAAGUUGAUGGAGCUUACUAUGGCUUCUCGGGUUGUCACAGGUACGAGGCACAUCAGAAACUAGGUCUCCCAACUAUACGCUGCAAAAUCCGCAAAGGGACUAAGGAAACACUAAGGUAUGUACAUAUGUAUGUUCAGAUCAUUGUUCAUUUGCUUACGUUAAAACCUUAUAUGGUUUCACAGGCAUCACCUUCGCUGAGAUAUUUAUAAAAUGUGUACUUCGUGGAAUCUGUGUGUUUGUCUGACUAAAAGAAUUUAAAUAAAAACUUUGUAUCAUCGUUGAGAUUCUCUGAGUGGUCGCAGAAAGAGAAUUAGGAGAUCUAUAAUAUGCGCAAUAUCAAAGUACAGACAGAGUCCAAAUGAUUCGAUCAUAUGAAACAAGUCUUGGUGCUUGAUGGCAGAGUAUUAUUAUAAGCACUAGGGCAGAGCCCCGCGCUUGCGCGUGGUCCUUGACAAUUUGAUGUGUUGUAAUACUUUAAAAAUGUUAAAAGAGGUGUUGUGGAGGGAUUUUGUUUGUUAAAUCGUCGUGGUUUAUAAUAAGUCGCAAGCGCAAGGUUACUUUGUAUUGUGUAGAUUGACUAAUAGUUUUGUGUAUGUGUUAAAACUAUGAUUUCUGUUUCUGUUUCG